UGAAAACGAAAUAAAUGAGUUGAAAAAAUAAUAAAUAAAAUUUGCUUAAUAUCAGUAAAAGUCAAUAGCGAUCCAAAGAUAUACCCAAAAGAUAACUGACUAAAAGUGGAAAACUUAAAUAAAUUAACAGAGUUUUAGUUGUGAAGUUUCGAUCGAAAAUUGGCAGAGGAAAAAGCACACUGUUCGGAUGUGCGGAUUCGAUAUAUUUUUCAACAUUGUACUUUGUAGAGACUUCUUCAUUUUUCCACUCAAUGUUGAAGUACAAACUAAUUUCAUUGUUGUUUUUACGCUGCGUUGCUUGUAGCUUCUUUAUAAUUACAUAUAUGAAUAUGUAUGUGUGUAUAUGUUUUGAAGACGAGGCUUCGUCAAUGUGGUUACUGUAGUGUCUUGCUGAUGUGUGGUGUUCUUCAAGUGUUAAUACUUACUUUAUUUAUUUAUUAUUUCUUUUUUAUAACCCAUCUAACUUAAUGUCUUAAGUAAUUACGGACGAAUGCAUGUUGCGUACGUGUGCGUUAAGGCAUUUAUGGUGUUUGGCUUAUUGGUGGACUGCGUUUGAAGGUGAUCGUGCAAGUAUACCCAUUAGCUGUUUGGAAACAUACACAGCAGUCCUAAGGCCUAUGAUUAUACUACAGUUUGUAUGUACAUGUGCUUUUUAAACCCAACAUACAAUUUAGUUUGCUGCAAACUUAAAGUUAGUCCAGAAGCACAAAUUAGAACUCUAAACCGAAAGACUUUCAUUGAUAAGCCUGCCAUCAAUUGUAUGACAGGUGCUUGAACCUAAUAUUAAUUAAGAUUGUUGGACUUAAACAACACAGAAAACGUUCGAACCUCAAUUAAAAGUACUAAAGAGCGGAGCUCUAGAUUUUACAUUAUUCAUACUAACGGAUAUAUGAAUAUACGCAUUACAAACAUUCUCAUAAAAUAAGGUUUUUUAAUGGGAUAACCGCUAAACCAAAAUUUCAUCGCGAAUCGUCUUCUGGUUUGAGGUUUCUUGCAUAGUGAAGAAGUGUCAAAGCGCUAUGGUGUCAAAGUUGUAUAGGCUUACACGUAUUUUAAAAAUCGAAUAUCAAUCACUUUAAUCAAUAUAAUUAUAUCAAGAAAUCGGCCUGCCAAUUUACAACCCAAGUCAUCUGAUUUGAUUUCGGAUAUACUUAUAAACCAGCCGUGUCCAACCACUUGGAAAGCAACACUCAGCUUAUUAUUGCCUAGAGCCCGUUUAAACGCUAAAUGUCAUAAAAUUUUCGAACUUAAAAUAUACAUAUAUUGACCACUUCCUUUCAAUAAUUUAACUUUAAUAAAACUUGUAUCCCUCUAAAAAAAACACCCUUUACAUGUUUGUAGUUACCGCGCGCGAAAUUUACCGCAGCAUAUUCGCACUCUCACGAUCACUUCACUUGCCGUUUUAGCAGUCACAGAUUAUACCCACUACAGACAGUGAAUUGAGUAAAAGCAAACACAACCGCUACUAGCAACUGAGUGCUUUUAACAGCAAGCAUUUCCCUGCAAAUUCAUCAUUCAAUUGCUGAACGUCUAAACAUAAAUUGAAAGUGAAAACUAUUGUGUGUAUUUGUAUUAUUUGUUGUUGUUCAACACCUUGCGUCCGGCUCCAGGUGCAUCUAUUCGAAUUAACUGGUGCAACUAUGAUGCUUUUAUCCGCUUUGAAGUUGGGUACGUUACUAGGUACAGGAAGCUCCCCUGCCCAGAACACCACUCGUAGUAGUAGUCCGAACAACUCCACCUCGACCAGUCAAUUUAAUCUGCAUCAUAACAGUUCCGGAAGUUUGGGGAGCUCGACACCUACAUCUGCACCGCUACAACCUUCGGUUACCACCUUUAAGCAAUCACCAAAUAUUUUGAAUAGCGGCGCUACAUCAUUGGACAACACAAUGCCGGGAGGUAUUCCAACGCCGGGUACUCCAAAUUCUAAGUCUAAGGAUAAUUCACAUUUCGUCAAAGUUGUGGUGGCUCUUUACCCGUUCAAAGCAAUUGAAGGUGGUGAUUUAUCGCUCGAAAAGAAUGCUGAAUAUGAAGUGAUUGAUGAUUCCCAAGAGCACUGGUGGAAAGUGAAGGACGCUUUGGGCAAUGUGGGCUAUAUACCAAGUAAUUACGUUAAGCCGAAAGCUUUACUAGGCUUGGAGCGUUAUGAAUGGUAUGUUGGCGAUAUGUCUCGCCAACGCGCUGAAUCUCUUUUGAAACAGGGUGACAAAGAAGGUUGUUUUGUGGUGCGAAAAUCAUCGACAAAAGGUUUAUACACGCUGUCUUUACAUACCAAAGUUCCACAAUCUCAUGUGAAGCAUUAUCACAUCAAGCAAAAUGCGAGGGGCGAGUACUAUUUGAGUGAGAAACAUUGCUGCGAGACCAUACCGGACCUAAUAAACUAUCAUCGACAUAACUCCGGGGGAUUAGCGUGCCGUUUAAAAUCAUCGCCUUGUGAUAGACCAGUUCCACCAACUGCUGGAUUGUCCCACGAUAAGUGGGAAAUUCACCCAAUGGAGUUAAUGCUCAUGGAAGAGCUUGGUUCGGGACAAUUCGGUGUGGUACGACGGGGAAAAUGGCGCGGAUCCAUUGACACUGCUGUUAAAAUGAUGAAGGAGGGCACAAUGUCCGAGGACGAUUUCAUUGAGGAAGCCAAAGUGAUGACCAAAUUGCAACAUCCUAAUCUUGUGCAAUUGUAUGGCGUUUGCUCGAAGCAUCGUCCUAUUUAUAUUGUUACCGAAUAUAUGAAACAUGGAUCAUUGUUGAACUACUUGCGCCGGCAUGAGACCACACUGAUUGGCAACAUGGGUUUGUUGUUGGACAUGUGUAUACAGGUCAGCAAAGGCAUGGCUUACUUAGAACGCCACAACUACAUUCAUCGUGAUUUAGCCGCACGUAAUUGUCUCGUUGGCUCGGAAAAUGUAGUAAAAGUCGCAGAUUUCGGUUUGGCUCGUUAUGUUUUGGACGACCAAUACACAAGCUCAGGUGGCACUAAGUUUCCUAUUAAAUGGGCACCGCCGGAGGUGUUGAAUUAUACGCGUUUCUCUUCCAAAAGCGAUGUCUGGGCAUACGGAGUACUUAUGUGGGAAGUGUUCACCUGUGGCAAAAUGCCUUACGGCCGUCUUAAGAACACCGAAGUGGUGGAACGUGUCCAACGUGGUAUUAUAUUAGAAAAACCAAAGUCAUGUGCAAAGGAAAUAUACGAUGUUAUGAAGAAAUGCUGGUCUCACGGUCCGGAAGAGCGCCCCUCAUUCCGUAUUCUCAAGGAGCAAUUAGCCCUCGUCGCUCAAACACUAACUGACUAAGCUUCAGCAGAGUUUACCGAUGCGACAUCAGUGAUUGUCGAAUUAUGUACUGAGUUAAUUUAUAUAGAUAUUAGCUAAGUAAUCGAGGAGUGAAAUAUUAGGAAGGAAAAUAGAGUUUGCCAAAAGCUUAUUCUUUAGAAACAAGUAAAUGCUAAGUAAAAUAAUCAAACUGCUAAUAUGAAUUCAUAAUAUCAUCCAUCUCUUAAAGUAGUCAAUACUUUUGUGGAAACUAAACAAAAAUAUAUAAGUAGGAACAUAAAACAAGUCAAAUAAUUAAAAAAUAUGAAAAAACAAACAAUUUCAUAUUAAGAAUAGCGAUCUUCGCAAACGUGCGAUUUGCGAAAGUAUUCGAAAAGUUGUCAAGCUGACUUAAAUACAUACAUAAGUAUAUGAAUGCAUCCUAAAAUGUUUGUAAUUUUUUCAACUAGCCAGCCACGUUAAUUAAGAAAUGAACAAUUGAAAGAGAGAUUUUUGAACUAUUUUUAGUAAGAAAUAACGUUUAGUAUGCUUUUUUAUUGUGCUUUUUACUUUUAUAUACACAAAAAUGAACGUAUGCAUCAAAAACUAAAUUUAGAUAUAAAUAACAUAAUUCGAAUAUUGAAACUGAUUAAAUAUAAUGCCUAUGGAUAUCUUAAAUGUAAGUCAAGACGCCAUGUAUGAUGUGAGAAUAGAGUUCACGUUGAAGAAUUUAUGUAUUAUUUCAUAUUUUUCCGUAUAAAACUGCGGCAAGUUGAGAGUAAAAAUAUAAUUAAAAAACGCAUAUAUAAGUGCAUAGGAAUGAUUUCUUUCAUAAAAUAUAUAUGCCUAUCCAGGCAAACACUCACCGUUCUAA